GCAAAGUCAACACAACACAGCAAACGUAAAACAAUUAUUAACAUUUUCUGGGGUCCUCAUGAGGCUGGGGAGUCAGUCGGUGGAGGAGAGCAGCUCCGGGAGACGGCUCAACUUUACCCAGGACACACUCCAGCCUCCCCGGCGUCAUGACGCUCUACCACGGCCGCCUGCCCUCUCUAGGAGUGCCAUCUUCGGCUCUGAGUCUCUCCGGUGCUUCGCUCAUUUAUCUCUAUGGAGGGGACAGCGCAGGGGUCGUGCCCGCUGCCUUGAGUUUCCUGCCGGCCCGCCAGGAGCCCCCGCAGAAGCCCCCCUACAGCUACAUCGCGCUCAUCGCCAUGGCCAUCAAGAGCGCGCCGGAGCAGCGCGCCACGCUCAGCGGCAUCUACCACUUCAUCAUGGACCGCUUCCCCUUUUACCACGACAACAAGCAGGGCUGGCAGAACUCCAUCCGGCACAACCUGUCGCUGAAUGACUGCUUCAUCAAGGUACCCAGGGAGAAAGGCCGGCCGGGGAAAGGCAGCUACUGGACUCUGGACACCAAGUGCCUGGAUAUGUUUGAGAAUGGCAACUACCGUCGGAGGAAGAGGAAGGCGAAGAGUCAGCAGGAUGCCAUGGAAUCCAAAGCCGGUGGACACAAACGUACCAAGGGCCCGGGGCCAUCCAGGGACCCCCAGUCCUCCCAUAAGCACCGGACUGGCCCGGGGAUAGCGGAGGAUCCAGCGAGGCACCAUGCAGAGAGAGUGGAGACACAACCUGACACAAAAGCGGUGCUGGUCGAGCUGAACCAGGCUGAGCUGUCACAGCACCCCCCCAAACUGAGACCUAAUGGGUCCCCCAACAGAGACGCUCUUGCAUGCACCGGAAGGAAGCUGGACGCCCCUCAGCCUGGGACAUGUCCCGCUCCAAGACAUUCUGCCUGGUGGAUGUACGGCGAGCCAGAGGGAAGCCUGUCAGCGGUCAGCGGGAGAGGAGAGGAGAGGAGCCCGAUCUGCGCCGUCUGGAGCGCAGGCACCACAGUCCCGGCUGCAGUAGCACAGCACAGACCCAGAGAAACGGUACCGAGCAGGGACAAAUCGAAAGGUUUCAGCAUCGAGAGCAUCUUAUCGAAAAGUGAAGACCAAGCGCGCGGAAGCAUCCUCGAUUUGUCCGCGGACACGUGCGCAGAGCGUGGAAGUCCCGCGUUCAGUUCUUCCGUUGUGCUCGGCACGCGACCACAUCAGCUGUACCACAUGGGAUUCCCCUUCUGCUCCUACCUGUCACUCACAUACCCCGACAAAGUGCUGCAUCUGAAAUGAAUAUUUCUCUUUUCAUUAAUGAUGAUGAAAACAUUUUGUGGGUUUUUCUGACAAUCAGUAAAGAAUAUUGAGCGUUAGGACUGGGCCUGUGAUGCACUCAGCACAAUGUGAGAAUAACAUUUAAUAUUCAGAUAUAGUUUUUCAUCAUACUGCUUUGCUUUGAAUUCCAUGUGCCACAACGUUUAGGAUAGUUAAAAAAAAAAGAUUUAUUUAAAGA